AUGAACAGUGCAACAUCAAUAUUGACGUCCCACUGUUCACCCGCAACCAAACAGAAAAAUAUCAAAGAUCUCUAUCAGACUGCGACUAGGUCGUCACCUGCAGAACUCGGCGUCCGCCCCUUUCCUCCAAGCGAAAGAACCAAGCCUUGCCUCCAAGGCAUUCCUUCACUCGCCGAUCUGUCUUCCAAUCCCGCACAAAGAGAAGCCAAUCUGCCUCCCAACCUACAGCCACCGCUCACCCACAGUAGUACAGGCUGCGAGCGUCUCCUUCACAUGAAUGGAACCUUAGCUCGAGCCCUCCACGCAUUUCCUGCCCGAUUUUGCCUAAGGCUUCCGUUCGUCUGGCCUAAGGUUUUCGGGAGCUGUGAAGGAGAUGGUGGGACGUUAGGAGCUGUGAAGGAGCUUGAUUUCUUGUGAGAUUUCAGGGAGCUGAGAAGGAGCUGAUUGGACUUUAGGAGCUGUGAAGGAGCUGGUGGAAAAUUGAGGAUCUGGUUGCUGAAGGGUGGCUUGGGACUGGUUGCUGGAGUAUGUUGUCUGGCUCUUUGGAGUUUUUUUCAGAGGAUACUGUUAUUGGCUGUUGUUUUUAAGUCUUUUUUUGUAUUUGGUGACUGAUUCUAAGUCAUUGAUUCUUAUUGUAUUUCUAGUCCUUUGGAUUAGUUUUGUCUUUUCUUUUCACUCUUUG